AUGACGGGUUCACCGUCAAACUGCUUCGUAAAACAUCUAACCGUUCUCGCUCACAACUCAUGUGAUUCUCCUUUGUGUCACAAACUUGACACAGGUGUGUGUUCUCCUGAGAAGCGUUGCAAUUAUACCUAUGGCUACGGAGAUAAUUCUCUAACAAAGGGUGUUCUUGCACAAGACACGGCUACCUUUACAUCAAACACGGGUAAACUUGUUUCCCUUUCAAGAUUUCUUUUUGGUUGUGGACAUAACAACACUGGGGGUUUUAAUGACCAUGAGAUGGGUCUAAUUGGUCUUGGAGGAGGACCAACAUCACUCAUUUCUCAAAUAGGUCCUUUAUUUGGAGGCAAAAAGUUUUCUCAAUGUUUGGUUCCUUUCCUCACCGAUAUCAAAAUUUCAAGCCGAAUGAGUUUUGGAAAAGGGAGUCAAGUGUUAGGGGAUGGUGUGGUUACUACACCUUUAGUUCAACGUGAACAAGAUAUGACAUCAUAUUUUGUUACAUUACUAGGUAUUAGUGUGGAAGACACAUAUCUUCCCAUGAAUAGUACUAUUGAAAAGGGUAACAUGUUGGUUGAUUCGGGAACACCACCGAAUAUAUUACCACAACAAUUGUAUGAUAGAGUGUAUGUUGAAGUCAAAAACAAUGUUCCAUUAGAACUCAUUACAAAUGAUCCAAGUUUGGGUCCUCAACUUUGCUAUCGUACACAAACUAAUCUUAAAGGACCAACACUUACAUACCAUUUUGAAGGUGCAAAUUUACUUUUAACGCCGAUCCAAACGUUCAUUCCACCAACUCCAGAAACAAAAGGUGUUUUUUGCUUGGCAAUAAAUAACUAUACUAAUAGUAAUGGGGGCGUUUAUGGUAAUUUUGCACAAUCAAAUUACUUAAUAGGGUUUGAUUUAGAUAGACAGGUGGUCUCUUUCAAGGCAACGGAUUGCACCAAACAAUAG